CAGUGUGCCGGGAAGCUCUUUUCCCCACUGUUUCUGCCGGAACGACUUUUCAAACUAGAUGUGCGAGCCGCACGUAUUGUCAUAAUAAGACGUUAAAUGGCAAGAAAGCAACUGAUGAUAGGACGAAAAUUAUAUAUAGAUAACAAUGUUUUGAAGACAAUACAAAAUAAGAGUAGCACUUUGGAGUGUAGCACAAUGGUCGAUUCCUGAACAAAGAAGAAAAAAAAAGUUUUUUUAGCAUCAACUUCGUGGAUCGCAUAGCCUAUCCGCUGUUCAUGCAUUUUAUUUACAUAUACGCUUAUUUAUUAUUUAAUUUGCCUUUAAAUAAUUUUAAACGUUAUGGCUUUUUCUCAAAUCCAGUGCUUGGAUGACAACCAUGUAAACUGGCGAAUGAACGAGUCUAAACCUGAGUUUUUCUACAGCGAAGACCAAAGACUGGCCCUGGAGGCUCUCAUUCAGGAAGGUCGAGAUGCUUUCGACAAAUUCAUCCAGACACGUAAAGUUCGGGAAUUUCUAUCAGAACUGGAGUUGGAGAAGUUGUUGAGAACCGCGGAGGAAUACAAUCCGGGAUCCGAACAUACGAAAGGAGAAGGACUCAUAGAUGGGGAGGACGGAGCAGUGUCCCUACAGUAUUGGCCGGAGCGUUCAGACACCUCGAUUCCGGAUCUAGACAUGGGAUGGCCAGACUCCGCAUCCUACAGAGGGGUGACACGGGUCACUGUGUACACACAACCGCCAAUGGAGGGACAUACCCAUAUCAAGGAGGUGGUUAGGAAAACAAUCGCUCAGGCGCAAAAGGUUAUUGCAGUGGCCAUGGAUAUGUUUACGGACGUGGACAUAUUCAGAGACCUGCUAGAUGCCAGUUUCAAGAGACGGGUGGCUGUGUACAUCAUCGUGGAAGCCAGUGGAGUGCCACACUUUCUUAGCAUGUGUGAGAGGGCUGGAAUGCACAGGGGACACCUGAAGAACAUGAGGGUGCGGUGCUCCAGUGGAGCAGAGUUCUAUACACGGUCAUCAAAGAAAGUCCAUGGGUCCAUGAGUCAGAAGUUCAUGUUUGUGGAUGGAGACCGAGCUGUGUCCGGGUCGUACAGCUUCACCUGGACUGCCUCAAGGUUGGACAGAAACCUAAUCACAGUGCUAACAGGCCAUGUUGUGGACACCUUCGACAAACAGUUUCGCGAACUGUACCUGAUGUCCAGGGGUGUGAACCUUAGCAAGAUCAAUUUUGAGGAUGAGCCAGAGCCCGAGCCCAUUCCACAGCCCCCACCUAAACCUCCCGUUUCCGCUGCUGUGGCUCGUAAGAUGAUCAACCCCAAAUAUGCUCUGGUCACCAGCAAUAUCGCUGAGACCAGUAGUAAGGCAUCCUCGGAAAAGAACAGUGUUAAAAAUACCAACCCGAUGGGAAAAGUCAUGCGGCCCCAAAAACAGAAGGUGGAGCCCCCUCCACUUCAUCCAGGACUUUGCGACCUGGAAAAGGCUUACUUAAUUCACUACCUUCCUACCUGGCCUGAACCUGACCCGUCCAGUGACGUCAUUGGCUUCAUCAAUAUCCGUGACUCAAAAAAACCAGUGCAAGUACACCUGAUGCGCUCCGAGAGGUUUGAAACCUCACAGGCGAUCCGAUUCAAGGGUCCCUUUGUUCCUCCCAAGGAGGAGCCCCUGCCUGAGAAGGCCAGCCCCAGAAAGCAACCUGGAAAUUUCCCAUGUGACCCCCCGGACACCCAGACAGUGCAGCACACACAGCCCCACCCCCAAAAGACCCAGGAAGUGCCAAAGCAGAGCCCACAACCUUUGGACCAAAAGGAAAAGGCACAAAACAAUCAGGGAAAUGAGGUCGUAGCACCCCCACCAGUCCCCAAGCCCAGAACUGUUCAGCUGGUCAUCAGUAACACUGACUGUAAAGACGGCCCCAAUGUCACCCUUGUGAAGAAGCCCUGCAUGGAAUCUACAACACCCCCAACUCCACAAGUCACAAAUCCUGAUCCUACCUCAGACUCAAUUGAGCAAACAGAUUCCCCUGACAAUGCUUCUAUCCCAGUCCCAGAGUUAUGUGAGCCCCCGGCAGAAGAUGCAGGGGAAGGAGGCAUGGAUGAGGAUGAUCUGGGAUUGGAAAUGAAACCUAUUGAAAGGGAGACUGACAGCAACGAGGCCAACAGCACGGAGGCAGCCCACGGACAUUCCCCCAGGGCCAACUCCAACGGCUCCACACCAUCAGAGGAAUACUUUGAAUGCGAUGAAGCAGACACUUCGGAAUCCAGGCUCGCACUCAUGGCAAAUGGAGGGACUAGUGGUUCAGGGCGUUUUGAGGAUCACAAACAUGUUGAUGGACUGAAUGUCAUGGCCAGAUUUUCCCAGUCCAUGCUGGACUUGCGGCCAGAGGACCAGUUGCAGCUGCAACGGGAGAAGUUUGGCCGCCAGCGACAACUGCCAAAUAUUCACAUGCCUUUUGGCAAUGGAAGGCAGCUGGAUCAGACCUCAUCCAGAUCUCCAGCCAGCAUCAUUCGUAACAACUGGGAAAGCCAGGGACGGACAGCACCUAAAGUUGUCAUCGCCAAGCCUGGAAGCUUCCAUCGGCCCAGAAAGGCUGCAGGGUUUGUGAUAGGAGGGCACAAGUACUGGCAAGGCAAGCUGAUGAACCAGGAUAAACUGCCCGCCAGGCAUAGCUCCCCAAACAGACUGCAGCAUGCAUCUCGGCCCGGCCAUUCCCCUAUCCGCCACGGCUCUCCCCACAGGACACCAGCCACCCAUGCUCAGGACGUCAGCCAGAGUCCCUUUGGCAUCUCUUUUGCCAAGUUGUCCCAGGUCAAACACCUGAAAGGGAGGAUCUCAGGGAACCCCUUGCUGAAGAAGGCACAUAAAUGAGCUAGAAGCCCUCUCUGCACAGCCCUCUCCACCUCUCCAGAAACAAACCAAUUGUUUGAAUUGCUUGAAGCUCUCAUGUGCUGUGAUGAGGUAUCUACUCUUUCUUUGUGUGGUGGAUGAUAUUUAAACCUUAAGAUUUAAGGUGCAUCUUAAAUUUCCCUCCUUUCAGAGGGGUGUUCUUUCCAGGCUGCCAUAUUCUCAUUCCCUUGACUCAUAAUGGAAGUGGCCUUGAGUCAUGGAAUCUUUUUAUGUGCAUAGCACAAAUGCUGCGGGAUUUGUGGAGGUCUCUCCUUCUAGCCUUGACAAACCUUCUCUUAAUGGGUGCUUUUUAAUUAUGCAAAACCAUAACCCAAAGAAGACUGGAUAUGAUUCAUGCAGGAUUUCUGUAAGGGUUCUCUUGCCUGGUCAGUGCACCAAUACCAUGUUGCAAGGAUGGUGAGACCCAAGGUCAUGCCAGGCCAGGGCAGGUCUCCCACCACUGGGUCACGGAAGAGAUGCAUGGCAUCAGCGCGGGGCAAGUGGCAUGUGGUGUUGGGGAUGAUCUUUGUUGGGAUGGCCUUCAGGUAUACCCUCUCCAGGUUGCUGUAGCCUCCAAUUUUGUCAAAAGCUGUAAAUGAGAAAUAUUUAUGCAUCACAGUAAAAUGUGGAAGACCAUCCUUAGCCAGCAGGGUAGGACCAUCUGUCAUUGCUUUCACAUGUAUUUUCAAUAUUUUUGUUCUUUCUUCUUCAUUGCUUUUUAUCUGAAGAUCAUGCUCAGCUAAUUAGGUUAUUAGCUUUUUGCACACAGAGCUCUUAAUGAGGUCAUUUGUGACUCUGGGGGACAGUUAAUCUUCAGCGGAAAGUGCAACAUUUGAGCUUUUACAUACUGGUGCAUUGUGGGUAGGAAAUCCAUUACAUUUAUAUACUGUGAAAGGGUUGUUUGUCCAAAGGGAAAAGUCAUGCUCAUAAGAUAUUCGUGAGAUAUGGACAUUAAGUAUGUAUAAUUGCCAUUAUCUUACCUUUAAAAUAACCUCAGAUCAGCCUAGUUGAAUACUCAAAGCCACAAAGUGGGAAUAUAGGCUGGGGCUGGGGCAGUGAAACAGAUUAGGUUGUUUGAUGAGCAACAGUCAGCUAUGACAGCUACAUAAUUAGAUUAUUCUACGUUGUAUUAACUUCCUAUGGUGGGAAAGCUGGGAAAUCAGAGAAAGCCUCUGUUACACAAACUCACUUUUUAUCUUGAGCAAUUGACAAAAACCCAAACAUUCCAGACAUCACCAGAAAAUGUAUCUUUAGAGUGCAACUUCUCCGUAGGACAGAUACUGCAUAAAGCUAGCUAAUAUUGUUCUCAUAUUUGACCUGUGGUACUUCUAAAGUGCAGUCUAAAGGCGUGGGCAUUUAACCACCAUAAAACGCAAAUCUGAGGCACACCUUGGACAACUUUCUAAGCCAACAUUACAUUAAAAGGCCAAAUGUUUACAGUGUAGUUGCUGCAAGGAGGAAAACAUUGGCAGCAGAAAUAUCAUAUUUAACAUUCAAUAAGUUUUCUUACUUUUUGGUGGUCAUGAAAUAAAAUGUGAUGCUGAAA